AUGUCAGAAGUGGCAGCUGAAGAAAACAUUACACCAGAAGAAGACGCAAAAACAGCAUCAAGUGCUUUGUCAGUUAAAUCGAAUGCCUCAAGGAAGUCUAAAGUUUCUGAUGUUCCUUCUGAAGACAACGCUGAAGACGAAUUGGAUGAAGCGGAGGAGAGAGCAGCUAGUGCUAUGUCUGCUAUGUCCAACGUGUCUACCAGAGGAUCCAGCACUAUGUCUGCUAAAUACAAUAUGUCAGCAAGAAAUACGAUGCUUCUGAUGAAAUACGAUGUUUCUGAUAAUCCCGCUGCAGACGUUCCUGCUGAAGAAAAUGCAGGAGACGAAGCAGGGGAAACUAAAGAGAGAGCACCCAGUGCUAUGUCUGCUAAGUCUGCUAAGUCUAAUGUUUCUGCAAAAUCAAAGAAGUGCAAGGUUUCUGAACUCUGUCCAGAAGAAGAACUUAGAGCAGCCAGUGCCUUGUCUGGUAAGUCCGCCGUUUCGGCAAGAAGCAAGAAAUCCAUAGUUGUUCCUGCUGAAGAAAAUGCAGAUGUAGAACAAACUGAAGAGAGAGCAUCCAGUGCUAUGUCUAUUAAAUAUAAUGCCGCAGCAAGAUCAAGAAAGUCUACAGCAGAAGAUGAUGUUGGGGAAACCGAGGAGAGAUCACAGAGCGCUAUGUCUGCUAAGGCAGAUGUUCCUGCUGAAGAAAAUGCUGAACCUGAGGUUGAAGUGGAGGAGAGAGCACCGAGCGCUAUGUCAGUUAAGUCCAAUGUUUCUACCAGAUCAAAGAAGACCAAGGUUUCUCAACUUUGUGUUGGAGAAGAUAUUGAGAGAACAUCCAGCGCUAUGUCUUCUAAGUACAACCGGUCAUCAAGAUACAAGAAAUACUAUGUUUCUGAUGGAGAAGAGGAUCAAACUGAAGAGAGACCAUAUAGUGCUAUGUCUGCUAAGUCCAAUGUUUCCAAUGCUCAAGACAACGCAGAAGUGGAAGAAUCUGAGAGAGCAGCUAGUGCUAUGUCAGAAGCUACUGCUGAAGAAAAUGCAGAAGAGGAGGUAGAACAAACAGAAGAAAACGUCCCAGAGGAAGCAGAGGAAACAGAGAAAACAGAGGAAGCAGAGGAAACAGAGGAUCGUGCUUCCAGUGCUGUGUCAGUUAAAUCCAAAGCUUCAGAAGUUCCUCCUGAGGAAAAUGAAGACGAGCAAUUGGAAGAAAUUAAAGAAAGAGCACCUAGUGCCAUGUCUGCUAAGUCAGCUAAGUCUAAUAUUUCUGCAAAAUCAAAGAAGUGCAAGGUUUCUGAACUCUGUCCAGAAGAAGAACUUAGAGCAGCCAGUGCCUUGUCUGGUAAGUCCGCCGUUUCGGCAAGAUGCAAGAAAUCCAUAGUUGUUCCUGCUGAAGAAAAUGCAGAUGUAGAACAAACUGAAGAGAGAGCAUCCAGUGCUAUGUCUAUUAAAUCUCAUGCCUCAGCAAGAUCAAGAAAGUCUACAGCAGAAGAUGAUGUUGGGGAAACUGAGGAGAGAUCACCGAGCGCUAUGUCAGCUAAGUCUAAUGUUUCGGCAAGAUCUAAGAAAUCCAAUGUUUCUGAAGCUCCAGCUGACGAAAAUGCAGAACAGGAAGAAGAAACUGGGGAGAGAUCACCGAGCGCUAUGUCUGCUAAGUCCAAUGUUUCUACCAGAUCAAAGAAGACCAAGGUUUCUCAACUUUGUGUUGGAGAAGAUAUUGAGAGAACAUCCAGCGCAAUGUCUUCUAAGUACAACCGGUCAUCAAGAUACAAGAAAUACUAUGUUUCUGAUGGAGAAGAGGAUCAAUCUGAAGAGAGACCAUAUAGUGCUAUGUCUGCUAAGUCCAAUGUUUCCAAUGCUCAAGACAACGCAGAAGUGGAAGAAUCUGAGAGAGCAGCUAGUGCUAUGUCGGAAGCUCUUGCUGAAGAAAAUGCAGAAGAGGAGGUAGAACAAACAGAAGAAAAAGUCCCGGAGGAAGCAGAGGAAACAGAGGAAACAGAGGAAGCAGAGGAAGCAGAGGAAACAGAGGAAGCAGAGGAAGCAGAGGAAACAGAGGAAGCAGAGGAAACAGAAGAAGCAGAGGAAACAGAGGAUCGUGCUCCCAGUGCUGUGUCAGUUAAAUCCAAAGCUUCAGAAGUUCCUCCUGUGGAAAAUGAAGAUAAGGAUUUGGAAGAAAUUAAAGAAAGAGCACCUAGUGCCAUGUCUGCUAAGUCAGCUAAGACUAAUGUUUCUGCAAGAUCAAAGUCCAAGGUUUCUGAACUUUGUCUUGAAGAACCCGAGAGAGCAUCCAGUGCUAUGUCUGCUAAGUCUGCUAAGUACAAUAUGUCAGCAAGACACAAGAAAUACGACUUUUCAGAUGAUCCUGCUGCAGAGGAGGAGAGAGCAGCUAGUGCUAUGUCAGCUAAGUCCAAUGUCUCUACAAGAUCCAGGAGGUCAAAAGCUUCUGAAUUUCCUGCUGAAGAAAACAUAGAAGAUGAGGUAGAAGGAACUGAUGUUCCUGCUGAGGAAACAGCAGAAGACGCAGCAGAGGAAAACGCAGAAGCAGAUGUAACAGAGGAACAAGCUCCCAGUGCUAUGUCAGCUAAGUGUAAUGUUUCUGAUAUUCCUGCUGAAGACAAUGCAGAAGACACAGUAGAGGAAACUGAAGAGAGAGCGCCUAGCGCCAUGUCAGCUAUGUCAUCUAAGUCCAAUGCGUCUUCAAGAUUGAAGAAAACCAAGGUUUCACAACUUUGUGUUGAAGAAGACGCUCAGAGAUCAUCCAGCGCCAUGUCUGCUAAGUACAAUCGGUCAUCAAGAUACAAGAAAUAUGACUUUUCAGAUGAAAAAGAGGAUGAAACUGAAGAGAGAGCAGCUAUGUCCAAUAUUUCUGAUGAUCCUGCUGAAGACAACGCAGAAUAUGAAGUUGGGGAAACUGAGGAGAGAGCACUAAGUGCUAUGUCUGCUAAGUCAAACGCUUCAGCAAGAUCUAUGAAAUCUAAAGCUGCCGAGGAAGAAACUGAAGAGGGAGCUGAGAAAAACGCGGAAGUGAAGGUAGAAGAAACUUAUGUUCUGGCUGAUGAAAAUGCAGAAGGGGAGGACCGAGCUCCCAGCGCUAUGUCUGCUAAGUCCAAUGUUUCAGCAAGAUCCAAGAAAUCCAAUGUUUCUGCAAGAUCAGCGAAGUCUAAAACUUCUGAAGUUCCUCCUGAGGAAAACGGAGACGAGGAAUUUGAAGAAAUUGAAGAGAGUGCACCUAGUGCCAUGUCAACUAAGUCAAAUAAGUCUGUUUCUGGAAAAUCAAAGAAGUCAAAGGUUUCUAAACUUAGUCCUGAAUUAGAUACUGAAGAGAGUGCACCCAGCGCGUUGUCUGGUUCGUCUGCUGUUUCGGCAAGACGUGAGAAAUCUAAAGCUUCUGAAGUUCCUGCUGAAGAAACAGCUGAAGACGUUCCGGCAGAAGAAAAUGCAGAAGAGAAAGUAGAAGAAACUGAAGAGAGAGUUGAAGAAACUGUAGAAGAGGAAAAAGAAGUUCCUGCUGAAGAAACAGCUGAAGAUAAAGAAAAAGAAACUGAGGAAAGGGCACCGAGCGCUAUGUCUGCCAAGUCAGCUAAGUCUAAUGUUUCAGCAAGAUCCAAGACAUCCAGAGCUUCUGAAGUUCCUGCUGAAGAAGAGGAUCAAACUGAAGAGAGAGCACCCAGUGCUAUGUCUGCUAAAUCUAAUGCUUCUGCAAAAUCAAAGAAAUCCAAUGUAUCUGCAAGGUCAGUGACGUCUAAAGCUUUAGAAGUUCCUCCUGUAGAAAAUGGAGACAAAGAAUUGGAAGAUAUUGAAGAAAGAGCACCUAGUGCUAUGUCAACUAAAUCUAAUGUUUCUGCAAGAUCAAAGAAGUCCAAGGUUUCUGAACUUUGUCUUGAAGAACCCGAGAGAGCAUCCAGUGCUAUGUCUGCUAAGUCUAAUGUUUCUGAACUCUGUCUUGAAGAACCCAAUAGAGCAUCCAGUGCUAUGUCUGCUAAGUCUGCUAAGUACAAUAUGUCAGCAAGACACAAGAAAUACGACUUUUCAGAUGAUCCUGCUGCAGAGGAGGAGAGAGCAGCUAGUGCCAUGUCAGCUAAGUCCAAUGUCUCUACAAGAUCCAGGAGGUCAAAAGCUUCUGAAUUUCCUGCUGAAGAAAACAUAGAAGAUGAGGUAGAAGGAACUGAUGUUCCUGCUGAGGAAACAGCAGAAGACGCAGCAGAGGAAAACGCAGAAGCAGAUGUAACAGAGGAACAAGCUCCCAGUGCUAUGUCAGCUAAGUGUAAUGUUUCUGAUAUUCCUGCUGAAGACAAUGCAGAAGACACAGUAGAGGAAACUGAAGAGAGAGCGCCUAGCGCCAUGUCAGCUAUGUCAUCUAAGUCCAAUGCGUCUUCAAGAUUGAAGAAAACCAAGGUUUCACAACUUUGUGUUGAAGAAGACGCUCAGAGAUCAUCCAGCGCCAUGUCUGCUAAGUACAAUCGGUCAUCAAGAUACAAGAAAUAUGACUUUUCAGAUGAAAAAGAGGAUGAAACUGAAGAGAGAGCAGCUAUGUCCAAUAUUUCUGAUGAUCCUGCUGAAGACAACGCAGAAUAUGAAGUUGGGGAAACUGAGGAGAGAGCACUAAGUGCUAUGUCUGCUAAGUCAAACGCUUCAGCAAGAUCUAUGAAAUCUAAAGCUGCCGAGGAAGAAACUGAAGAGGGAGCUGAGAAAAACGCGGAAGUGAAGGUAGAAGAAACUGAUGUUCUGGCUGAUGAAAAUGCAGAAGGGGAGGACCGAGCUCCCAGCGCUAUGUCUGCUAAGUCCAAUGUUUCAGCAAGAUCCAAGAAAUCCAAUGUUUCUGCAAGAUCAGCGAAGUCUAAAACUUCUGAAGUUCCUCCUGAGGAAAACGGAGACGAGGAAUUUGAAGAAAUUGAAGAGAGUGCACCUAGUGCCAUGUCAACUAAGUCAAAUAAGUCUGUUUCUGGAAAAUCAAAGAAGUCAAAGGUUUCUAAACUUAGUCCUGAAUUAGAUACUGAAGAGAGUGCACCCAGCGCGUUGUCUGGUUCGUCUGCUGUUUCGGCAAGACGUGAGAAAUCUAAAGCUUCUGAAGUUCCUGCUGAAGAAACAGCUGAAGACGUUCCGGCAGAAGAAAAUGCAGAAGAGAAAGUAGAAGAAACUGAAGAGAGAGUUGAAGAAACUGUAGAAGAGGAAAAAGAAAUUCCUGCUGAAGAAACAGCUGAAGAUAAAGAAAAAGAAACUGAGGAAAGGGCACCGAGCGCUAUGUCUGCCAAGUCAGCUAAGUCUAAUGUUUCAGCAAGAUCCAAGACAUCCAGAGCUUCUGCAGUUCCUGCUGAAGAAGAGGAUCAAACUGAAGAGAGAGCACCCAGUGCUAUGUCUGCUAAAUCUAAUGCUUCUGCAAAAUCAAAGAAAUCCAAUGUAUCUGCAAGGUCAGUGACGUCUAAAGCUUUAGAAGUUCCUCCUGUAGAAAAUGGAGACAAAGAAUUGGAAGAUAUUGAAGAAAGAGCACCUAGUGCUAUGUCAACUAAAUCUAAUGUUUCUGCAAGAUCAAAGAAGUCCAAGGUUUCUGAACUUUGUCUUGAAGAACCCGAGAGAGCAUCCAGUGCUAUGUCUGCUAAGUCUAAUGUUUCUGAACUCUGUCUUGAAGAACCCAAUAGAGCAUCCAGUGCUAUGUCUGCUAAGUCUGCUAAGUACAAUAUGUCAGCAAGACACAAGAAAUACGACUUUUCAGAUGAUCCUGCUGCAGAGGAGGAGAGAGCAGCUAGUGCUAUGUCAGCUAAGUCAGCCAAGUCAAAUGCUUCAGCAAGAUCGACAAAAUCUAAAGCUUCUGGAGUUCCUGCUGAGGAAAAUGCAAAAGAGAUAGAAGAAACUGAGAGAGCACCUAGUGCCAUGUCAGCUAUGUCUGAAGUUCCUGCUGAACCUGAGGAUGAAACUCCAGCUCCAGCUGACGAUAACGCGGAAGAGGACGUGGAGGUAGCUGAGGAGAGAGCACCCAGUGCUAUGUCAGCUAAGUCAGCUAAGUCCAAUGUCUCUGCAAGAUCCAAGAAAUCUAAAGCUUCAGAAAUUCCUGCUGAAGAAAAUGCAGAAGAGGAUGUAGAGGAAACUGCUGAGCCAGAGGACGAAACAGAGGAUCGAGCUCCCAGCGCUAUGUCUGCAAAGUCCAAUGUUUCAGCAAGAUCCAAAAAUGUUUCUGCAAGAUCAGCGAAGUCUAAAUCUUCUGACAUUUUUCCUAUGGAAAAUGGAGAUGAGGAAUUGGAAGAAAUUAAAGAAAGAGCACCUAGUGCCGUAGCUGCUAAGUUUGCUAAGUCUAAUGUUUCUGCAAGAUCAAAGAAGUCCAAGGUUUCUGAACUUUGUCUUGAAGAACCCGAGAGAGCAUCCAGUGCUAUGUCUGCUAAGUCUGCUAAGUCUAAUGUUUCUGAACUCUGUCUUGAAGAACCCAAGAGAGCAUCCAGUGCUAUGUCUGCUAAGUCAGCUAAGUCUAAUGUUUCUGCAAGAUCAAAGAAGUCCAAGGUUUCUGAACUUUGUCUUGAAGAACCCGAGAGAGCAUCCAGUGCUAUGUCUGCUAAGUCUGCUAAGUCCAAGGUUUCUGAACUUUGUCUUGAAGAACCCGAGAGAGCAUCCAGUGCCAUGUCUGCUAAGUCAGCUAAGUCUAAUGUUUCUGCAAGAUCAAAGAAGUCCAAGGUUUCUGAACUUUGUCUUGAAGAACCCGAGAGAGCAUCCAGUGCUAUGUCUGCUAAGUCUGCUAAGUCUAAUGUUUCUGAACUCUGUCUUGAAGAACCCGAGAGAGCAUCCAGUGCUAUGUCUGCUAAGUCUGCUAAGUACAAUAUGUCAGCAAGACACAAGAAAUACGACUUUUCAGAUGAUCCUGCUGCAGAGGAGGAGAGAGCAGCUAGUGCUAUGUCAGCUAAGUCAGCCAAGUCAAAUGCUUCAGCAAGAUCGACAAAAUCUAAAGCUUCUGGAGUUCCUGCUGAAGUGGAAGUGGAAGUGGAGGCUUCAGAAGUUCCUGCUGAAGAAACCAUUGAAUAUGAAGUAGGGGAAACUGAAGCGAGAGCACCGAGCGCUAUGUCAGCUAAGUCUAAUAUCUCUGCAAGAUCCAGGAAGUCCAGAGUGUCUGAAGUCCCUGCUGAAAAAGAGGAUCAAACUGAGAGAGCAGCUAGCGCUAUAUCUGCUAAGUCCGAAGUUCCUGCUGACGAAACUGAGAAUGAAACAGAAGAGAGAGCACCCAGUGCUACGUCAGCUAAGUCAGCUAAGUCCAAUGUCUCUGCAAGAUCAGGGAAAUCCAAAGCUUCUGAAGUUGCUUCUGAAGAAAAGGCUGCAGAGCAGGUAGAGGAAAAUGUGGAAAAAGCAACAAGUGCUGUGUCGGCAAGAUCAGCCGGAACCCACGCAUCUGCCAGGACCCAAGCAUCAGCCAGGACCCACGGAUCAGACAGAACCCACAUAUCAGACAGGAUCCACGCAUCAGACAGGAUCCACACAUCAGACAGGACCCACAUAUCAGACAGGACCCACAUAUUAGACAGGACCCACGUAUCAGACAGAACCCACGCAUCAGACAGGACCCAUGCAUCAGAGAAUAGCAGAACUGCUGAAGUGACUGAGAGACCUAAAAGCAACAUGUCCAAUGUGUCGUCCCACCUGCAAGUGAAAGGACAAAAGGACAAAAACAAUACGGAUGAUGCCAAAAGUGACAAAGGGAGUGAUAUUUCAAUGAAGACAAACAGAUCAAAGAAGACUGCCACUAGAGAUCAUGUAGACACUCCCAGACCUAACUCUGUUGCGUCAGAGAGUCAUCUCACUCCUACUCCACCACACUGCCCACCAACCCCUAGACAAACUAAACAACCUGUUAUUCUACUUGGUGUCUCGAGUGACAGUAACAAGUUACACGCAGCAGAUCCAGUGAAGGAGAACUCUGACAUCUUAUGCGAUGGCCCCUUAGAAGCGACAGGCAGGAAUGUCAGUGACAACAAAAGUGGCAAGAGCAGCAAGCGCAAACACAGGAAAGGGGUUUCCUCUUGCAGUUCCUCCCUACGGUUGCUGGAAGGAGAUGUCUCUGAGCUGGUUCCCUCCAAUCUACCCAACGCCUCUCCAACAGAUGUUGUGAGUGAGUGGCUUAAGAAAAUACCAUCCGACAGUGCGAUGUACGACAUUGGGGAUGAAUUCAGUGACAGAGGCCAUUCACCGGAGAUGGCACCAAAGGAAAAACCGAAUGGGACGGAGGAGAUUGACAUCACUGCUGAGUGUGAGACUCAAAAAGAAAAGGAAGAGCCCAAAGAGACAGCAGCCAACCAUGUGGCUGACGGUGAGGAGCCAGCGGAGACCCCACCAGAGACCCCACCAGAGGGCACCGCUCCACAGGAGGAUAUAUCAAAGAGCUUUCACUCCUCAGUGCAGGUGAUGAAAGUGCUGUUGAGUCCCAAGCUUGACCGGUGUCACAGCUUACCGGAAGUUUCCCCAGUGUACGGACGUAAACUGAGCACCUCAGCCAGAGGUCUCCUGGAUUGCCUCGCAAAGCUGCAGUUGAUAGACUUUGAUCCCAAUGACGAUGCAAACGCUAAGGAAGCAAGGUACAGAGAGCUAAUGAACAUCCUCCAGUCCCUCUGGUUGUGUGACCCUGCAGAGAAUCAAAAGACACAGCAGAAUGGCUGUGAUCAACACUCUGUGGACGGUGAUACCAAAGCAAAGUCCUCCUCUGGGGUGGACGUCAGCAGUGGCUCAACAGGCUCAGGUAAGAGCUCAGGUGGUGUGGCUCAGGCACCGAACGCAGAGGGGGAAGCAUUGCUGAAGGUACAAGAAGUUGAUGAAACUGCAGAGGAACAGGAAAGCCCAGAGUCCUCAAUCCCAUUGUCUGAUCCAGCCACUCUGGACGUAGCCAGUCAGGUCCAAUGGACCACAGAGGAAGGAGGAGGAGAAGGAGGAGGAGGAACAGCAGUGGAGGAAGAGAAACAAAAAGAUGAAGACAUCCCGGCGUCUGAUGACACCGUUAGAAAUGAAAGUCUGAGAGAAUUACCAGAAACACCCCCGUCUUCCAACAAGAGCUCAGACCCUCGAGAGGACACAAGCUCUGGCUCUCCUCCGUCUGUCCAAAGGGCACAACUAGCCAAAAAGGUUUCCCUAGAUCCUGAUCCUGUCUGGGUCUUGAAGUUACUGAACAAACUAGAGAAGCAGUUCAUGACACAUUAUGUGGAUGCCAUGGCUGAGUUCAAGGUUCGCUGGAACUUGGACGAAAGCAAACAGCUCGAUGCCAUGAUAGCCGAACUGAAAGACGAUGUGCACAGGAGGAUACAAUUAAGCGUCGACAGGGAACUGAGGAAGAUCCACGGUCGGGCUGGAAGACCAAGACCACCCAAAGAAGAAUUGUCACGAGAAUCAAGUGCACAAACAGAGACGAGGCGAAGAAGACUGAAGGUCGUGCGCAACCAGUCUAUUGAUUACCGAGAGGAGAAAAGCGACGAUGCAACUGGCACUUCUUUCAGUGACCAACGGAGUGAUGAUGAAUAUUGCCCUUGUGAAACUUGUAUAAAAAAGAAACUAGAAUUGGGGCCACUGCUUCCUGCAGAAGUUUUGCAUAUUGCUCCAGUCAUAAUGGCGUUUGAUCUAAAGUCAAUCCUCCAGUUGAAAAAGGACCCUACUCCAAAUACACAAGAAGUUGACGUUACUGAUGACACUGAAACUAUGGAUGAAGCCAAAGUAGUGAAAACUAGUAUUAUACAUUCAUUUGAUUUAAAGUCAAUUCUCCAGUUGAAAAAGGACAAUCCUCCACAGAUACAAGAAGAAGUCAAUGUUACAGAUGAGACUGGAGGUAUGGAUGAAGCCAAAGCAGCGGAAACUCUUGUUGAAAACGUUAUCAACAGGGCUAAGAAGGAGGUGGAGGAAUCACGAGAACAGAAAGAUGCUGAACAUGAUGAUGAAAUGGGUGAUAAAGCUGAGGCAGCAGUAGAAGAGACAGCUAAAGAUGAAGCAGGAGAAGAAGAGGAAGCUGAUAUUGCUGAAGAUGAAGUAGCAGAAGAAGAAACUGUUGACGCAGAAACUACAGAAGAUGAAGCAGGAGAAGAGGAGGAGGAAGCUAAAGCAGAAACAGCAGAAGCUGAGAAAGCAGAAGAUGAAGCAGGAGAAGAAGAAACUGCUGAAGCAGAGACAGCAGCUGAUGACGAAACAGCAGGAGAAGAGGACACUGCUGAAGUAGAGACAGCUGAUGAAGAAGCAGAAGAAGAAACUGUUAUAGCAGCAGGAUCAACAGCAGAAGAAGCGGAGAGCACUGAAGCAGAGGCAGCUGAUGAUGAAAUGGCAGGAGAGGAGGAAGCUGAAGCUGAAACUGCAGAGGCAGAGACUGCUGAGGAUGCAGGAGAAGACAAGGAAGCUGAAGUAGAGGGAGAAGAUGACACUGUCGAAGCUGAGAGUGCCAAAGUAGAGUCAACUGAAGAUGAAACUGCCGGAGAAGAUGAGACUGUUGGAGAGGAGGAGAGUGCUGAGGCAGAGACAGCAGAAGAGGAGGAAGCUGAAACUGAGGCAGUUGAAGAGGAAACUGCAGGAGAGGAGGAAGAUGAAGCAGUAGAGGAUGAUGCUGAAGCUGAGACUGCUGACAAUGAAACAGCAGGAAGAGAGACUGCUGAAGAAGAGGCAGCUGAAGAGGAAUAUGAGAAAGCCGAAGCUGAGACAGCAGAGACAGAAACCGCUGAUGAGACAACAGGUGAAAAUGAUGCUAAAGGUGAAACAGCUGGAGACGAAACUGCCGGAGAAGAGGAGGCUGCAGAAUCUGAGACAGCAGCAGAAGAAGAGACAGCUCAAGAUGAAACUGCAGGAGAGGAGGAGGCUGCAGAAGAAGAGAUAGCUGAAGAAGAGGGUACAACUGAAGUAGAGGCAGCUGACGAGGAAACUGCAGAAGCUGAAACAGUUGAAAAUGGAACAGGCAUUGAAGACGACGAGGAGACUGCUGAAGCAGAGAUAGCUGAAUAUGAAAUAGCUGAAGCUGAGGCAGCAGAAGAAAAUACUGCUGAAAUAGAGGCAGAUGAAGAUGAAGCUGCCUUAGAGCCAGAGACAGCGGAGGCAGAGGCAGAAGAGGAGGCUGAAGCUGAGACUGCAGACGAUGAGACUGCUGGAGAAGAUGAAACCACAGGGGAUGAGUCAGCAGAAAAUGAAACAACUGGCGAGGAGUCGGCUGAAGUUGAAACAACCGGUGAUGAGUUGGCACCAGCUGAAACUGCAGGAGAAGAGACAGCACAAGCUGACACUGCAGCUGACGACGAAACAACUGACGACGAAACAGCAGACGAAGAAGAGACUGCCGAAGCAGAGGCAGCUGAAGCAGCAGGAAAUGGAGCUGAAGAGGAUGUAGAAAAAGUGGAAGCUGAAAAAGAAGAGAAAAUAGAGCCAGUAGUCGAGGAGACGGAGGGUCACAAUGACAUGUCGGAGAUAAAAGCAGACGAUGAGGCGGAGGAGGGCGAAACGACAGACCAAGAUAUGGUUCAGGAGGAGGAAGAAACAGAACAAGAAGAGGAGGCAGAAGAAGCAGAGAGUGAGGACCUUGCAAACGGAAGCCAAGACCAAGCCGAAGAUGUCAUAGAGGGGUUUGAAAAGGAAGAAAUAGAAGCGGAAAUGACGGCGAGAAACGAGACAGCCAAUGAAGAGGAUUGCUGCGGAAACUUUGGGCACUCGGUCGACGGAGGGGAUGAGGAUUUGUCUGAGCUGGAAGUGUCGGCAGAUGAGGGGGAACAAUCAGAAGUGCCAGCCGUCAGGAAAGACAACAUGGAGGAAACUGUUGAGGAAACUCCAGUGACCUCAUUCGAUGCCUUGACCAGAGCAGAGUUCUCUGAAGAUGGUGCCAACGCCGACGUUGAGGAUUCAGAGGCUGAUGUAAACAACCAAGAGUCAGAGGCCCAAGAGGCCCAAGCAGAGGCUGAGCUUCAGGCGGAGGAGGAAGCUGAAGAGGAGCAGGAAGCUGAGGAAACCCCAGUUGAAGAGACUCCAGUUGAGGAGCUGAAUGAGGAAGGGGAGGAGGAGCAGGAGGAAGUGGAAAAGAAGGAUGCAGCAGAAGACGACGCUGCUGCUGCUGCUGAGGAAGACCAGGAGGAAGCUGAAGAGGAAGUUGAGGAGGGGCAGGAGGAAGUGGAGGAGAAGGAGGAGGAAGAGGAGAAGGCUGAAGUUGAGGAGGAGCAGGAGGAGGAUCAGGCUGAAGUUGACGAGGAUCUGGCAGAAGCUGAGAAGGGGAAGGAGGAAGAUGAGGAGGAUACAGCUGAAAACUAUGCUGCUCCUGAGGAAGAACCAGCCAAUGAGGCUGAUGAUGUCACAAGCAAAGGACAGUCUGAAGACAACAGUGAUGGCGAUGGACAUUCUGGGACAUCUGAAACGAGCCUACAUAGCCAGCCAACCAAAUCUUCCAUGGAAUCCCAACCAGGCUCGCUGGACGAAAUCCUGGAUGAAGAGGCCGAGAGAGAGUCCAACAGCGAGAAGAGUUCACAGACAGGGUCAGGGAUAAGCUCAGGCCACCACCUCUUGGUGAAGAGAAAGCAGAUGGACACAGAGGACGAGAGCAGAGUGUCAGAAGUCACAGAGUCAGCCAGCGAGGUUCUCGAGCGACAAGUAAGUUCCCCAAAGAAGAAGACUCCAAAGAAGUCUCUGGCAAGAUCUGUC